AUGCAACAAAUCGAUCAAUCUACCUUGGCACGGCUUCAGGAGUUUGAGAAUGACCACAAAUUUUAUGAUGCACUCCAAUUCUACCACACCAAAGUGACUCGUUGCUUUAGAGUGAAGAAUUCAAACGAGGGUGCUAUUCCAUUAGUUAAAUAUGGAAUUAAUUAUUUUCUCAGAGGUAUAAUUUUUAUUUUAUUUUUAUCUUUUUGUUCAAUGUCUUCCUUGAGAACGUCAAUACCAGUGUGCGAUCGACAUUGCCACGCAGUAUAUCGAUUGUCUUUCAAAGAAUAACGCUGCUCUCACCGAAACAGUAUUCGAGCUACUUGCUGGAACCAUAGCGGAAUUUGCAAGAAUCGCUGCAAGCGAAAGUCGAGCGGAAAAUACACAACAAAGUCAACUUCUAAACGAUGCUCGGGGCAAGUGUGUCGAUUUGGCAAUUCUAUGGUAAGGGAAGUCUAUACUGAUUCACCUUUUAACUCGGACUCUUUUCAGGACAAAACUAAGUUCUUCGACAGAGCAAGAGAAGAAGUACGGAAAUACACGUUUUCACAGCGUUCUCGCUGACGCUUUCUUAGAUGCUAAGGAGCUUGAUCUUGCUAGAAACCACUUCUUGCUAUCCGACAACGCUGCCGGAUUCGCCAAAUAUCUUCAACUAGAAUAUACAAACCUUAUAAAUACUUACGGAAAGAUAGAAUAUGCUUCGGAUGUAAUAAUUGUGGAAGCCGUUCAACAGGUUCUCUGUUUGGACCGAUUCCCAUUUUCUGUUGCCCUGUUCCGAGCAUAUACAGAGCCUUCAGUUUACCCAUUCCGACAGCCACUUUUGAAUUUCCAGCACAUUCUUUUCGAUGUGAUUGAAACGGAGAAUGUGAGUGUUUGGCAGUAUUUUCAGCUCAAACAUCUGUUAUUCAGAAGCCACAGUUUUCUGAGCUCACUGAAACAUAUCAGUCUGAACUCAAAAGAUCGCCAUCGUUUGUCGGAUAUCUUUCAAGGAUAGGAAAAAUAUAUUUCGGAAUUCGCAGUUCUCAAUGUUUGGGAGCCGGACUUGGUGGACUCUUCUCAAGUGAGCAUUUCUCAUUACCUUAAAACGCUCUAUCGCCUCAGCGUGUUUAUGCGGUUACAAGCAAAUGUUUCCAGAUAAUUUUUAUUGCGAGCUAAAAAUAAAACAUGAAAAAUCGUGCCGCAAAGUUGGUAAAAGUGCGAUAAAGUUGCUAGAAGGAGACUACCUCGAAUCAGAACUGUGCCGAAUUAGAACCCCUCAGGCAAAUCGUUUCUAAUCUAAUUAGUUAAUUCUCGUUUCUAACCGGACCUAGUUAGAUUGCUACAGAUUUCUGAAUCUAGCUAGCUGAUUUUGCAAUCUAAACAUAAUCUAGCUAGGUUUGCCCGAAAUUUUAAUCUAAUUAGAUACAUUUUUAAUCUAAUAUCAGUGUUUUUGCAAUCUAAUUACAGGGUGGGGAAUAAAUAUAGCGCCGAAUUCAAAAUGUCGUAAAAAGUUCAAAUCGCACGAUUUUUUUCUGUAAAUCUACUAAGAGCUCUAUUAAACAAUAACAAAAAGAAUGGCAUAAGCAGUUUUUGCCGAUUGCACCUUUCUCUUCGUUGGCAGCCGUCAGUCUCCUCGGGUACGAGUUAGCGGCGGCACGGGGGUAGUUGACGUAAUGAUCGUGUCAUGGCUUCCGUAGUUCAACUUUCCGGACUCCCUAUUUUGGUUAAUUGUGAAUGGAUACAUACUAGGCAUCCCACCCAAACUCGGAGAAGUCCAUAGAAAUCAUAUCCGACUUGAAAUCUAGUCGUUCUUCUUAUGUGAUAAAACUUGCGAAAUUGGCUUUGCGUCACUGUUAGGUGGUUUUGGCUCGAUGAGCAGGUGUACCGUCUUGCUGGAAGACCCUAUCUUGUUUUCCGUAAUCAACUAGAUCCAAGACAGUUCCUUCGACCCGAGAAUCUUACUGGAGUAGCAUUUACGGUUGAUUUUCGCUCCAAUCUCAGUGCUGUUUUGCCAUUGGCGGAAAUUCUCCAAAGAACGAUUACUGAAGCCGGAUAAAAAUUUUUAAAAAUUAUUUUUCCAUUUCCACGGACAGUCUCAAUGUCCCCUGAGAUGAUCUUGUUGUUGUGAUCAUCACUGUCGAUACCAGCAGCGUGUAGCCACUCAUCUCCGAUCAGAGUCUGCAGGCGCGUGCCAUGCCGCGUGCCGCCAACGGGACUUCCGGCUUUCUUGAAGCGAAAGUCCUUGUUAUGGAACGAUUCUUUUGAAUACGAUAAGGAAUCAUAUUUAGUUCCUGUCUGGCAAUAGCUUACAUAGAUUUUAAGCUCAUACGGAACUCUGACGACAUUUUCCACGUGCUUCUCUCCGAGUUUUUACGAUUUUUGCUCUAACCGAUAUGACCAUCUUGGGAGUUGUCACUGGGACCAGGGGACCACUUCUCUACUUGUCUUCCAAUGUUCCGAGGUGUCAGAAACAUCGGGAAGUCAUAUUAACAAACAAUCUUACUACGCCGAGCUUCCUAACUAUUUUGGACGAUCGCAUUCCUAUACUUGUGAACCCCAUAAUUACGGACCUAGGCGAUGACGGAGCCACCAUUUCUCUCAAUAUUAAGAGAAUUGUCUGCAACUUAGACAAAUGGUCAAAAAUGAAGUGAUGAAUGGAAAAAAUAACAUGAGCGGCCAUCCCAUUAGUUCUGUAGGCGCCAGCGCUCACGCGAAGUUUCGACGCUAUAUUUAUUCCCCACCCUGUAGCUUCGCCAAUCUAAUUAGAAAAUUUAUCAGUCCAGUUAGAAGAAUUUGCAAUCUAAUCGCAGUAAAUUUGCAAUCUAAUUAGGUCCGGUUAGAAACGCGAAUUAGCUAGCUAGAUUACAAACGAUUUACCUGAGCCGUCACAACAUGACUUUACGUAACAAGAACCACCUGCAGGUAAGUUCUGAUCUAAGACAGUUCUGAUUUGGGGUAGCCUAGCAGAAGCUGCUGCGAGGAUUGCCAUCAGAGUUGAGCGGAAUCGAUUUUUUGAAAAGGCGGAAAGCGGAGGCGGAAUAAAAAAAAUUUUUUCUUCGAUGUCUUCCGACUCAAAUACUUGCACUAAUUGUUAGGAAUUUUUUUAACGCAAAAGCGCGAAAUUUGGUGCAGCCGUCAAUCCCCCAUUAUGCGUUUUAUGUAGUGAAGCAUUCCGAAAUGCUUUUUUGCGGCUUCUGACAAAAAAAUGAAUCGAAAAUCGUGUUUUUCAGGGUUGUCACAGGCUGGGACAACCUUUAAAAACACGUUUAUCGGUCCGGUCCGGCUUGAAUUGGCCCUGGCGACCUGUUUAUGGAAGCUCAAAUAGUUUAUUUCCCAGGUUUUCAGCAUGUUUGAGGCGAUUUUUUAUCACGAUUUGUGACAUUGAUGACAAAAAUGACACAGAUAUGCAAUUUUGGAGCUGAAAACAAUGAAAGUCGAUAAAAAACGCUAAUGGGGCUAUUCAGACUGUGAAAAAAUGAUUGUUUUCCGUUUUUUUUCGUUUCUUUACGUCAAAAAAUCCAAUUCAGCGAUGUAAAAUAACGAAAAAAACGGAAAAAAAACAUACGCUGAAUAGCCCCAUAACUAUUACGCUUUUCGGGCUGAAUCCGGGGCGGGUGAAGACGUAAAUAUUACAUGUACGUUGUUUCUCGGCAACUUUUGUGAACAGAAUGUUUAUUCAAGCAAAAUAGGUACAAACAAGUUAAAAUUUUAAUGCAAUGGUUGUUUUUGUAAACGGUGUAAAAAAAAAAACGGAAAAAAAUCAUUUUUUUUUCAUACGCUGAAUAACCCCAUAACGUUAGCAUUUUUUGGACCAAGGGAGAGCCUGCCGGGGCGGAGAAUUUCCGUGGCAGGAGCGAUAAAUUUGAAUUUUAUACUGUUAUACAGAGCAUUUACACUGCCCUUCCAGGCUUAAUUGGCGGUCAGAAAGAAGAAGAAACAGCAACAUCGCACAUCACUUCGAGAACUCCUGUUCGACAACAACCUUCGUCUGUUCCGUUCUCAAUCCCCACUCCGUUCGCAAUUCCUGCUCACCCGACGCUGGAACCAGCCGCGCCAAGCCCGAAAAUGGAAGUAGAAGAAGAUCUAGACUGA